CUGCUUCGGCGAGGCGAGACCCGAGUCGCGGGUGCGUGCGUGUGUACGGCUGGCCCUCGACCCUCGGCACUUGGCCCUCUCUCUCUCUCAUGGUCCUGGUGUCUGUCGCAGAGGCUGGACUGUGAGCGAGUUGUGGUGGUGUUAGUGGUGAUACGUUGUUGUAGUUGUGGGGCAGAGCCCGAGUCCUUUGCUUGAACGAUGAAAUUUGAUGAAAAAGAACAGAGUGGAUAUGAAGGACUUGAAACAGUAUAUGAUAAUACCAAAGUAAAUGUCAUUUAAAUAGAAAAAGAAAGAAAGUGAGAAGUAGGUCCGUCAUAUCAGGAAAUAUUAGGGGAUAUAGGCUAUUUCCCAUAAAAGCCUGGAACCCUCAUAUCAAGCAAGUGGAAGACCCUAAGAGUGCAUGUGUGUAAUGAUCCAUUGCCCACAGCACUCGGCCCUCUUUUCUGGCAUUUCUGCAGAGCUGAUAAGCAAGGUGUCAUAGCAGUGAUGGUGAUGUAGGGCAAUACACUCACUGUGCCACUGUGACAUGAGGAACUGUGGUGCAGGCAAUGUAUUUCUCUAGCCACGGCCAGAGGCGUUUGUGGAGGACUGCAAUUACAAAUGAUUUUCAAGACCUGGUGAGAUGGCAGAGGGUGCUGAGGGUGCCACCAGUGGUACAGGUGGUGCCCUGCCAGACCUAGUGGCACAGUGCUACUAUCGCUAUGGCCUUCUCGUCGCCACUCACCCAAGGAAGGUUAUUCUCCUUGCCAUUGCUUCUUUUCUCAUUCUCUGCACACCUCUGUGGUAUUUGCCCCUUCCUGGGUACUUGCCACAGGAGUAUGCAACGUCCCCUUACAACUACAGUGUUCCCCUCCCAGCCCCAGAAGGUGGAAUAAGAUUGGAUCCGUCCCCGACUCCUACUCCUCUGUGGUAUCAGGGGCCCCCACGUGCUUAUAUCCAGCAGAUUGUAGUCCGAAGUGGUAUUGUGCCGUGGCAGAAGGGGUUGACGGUCAGCGAUGGAUAUCGUGGUCCUCUCUCUUCCGUCUUCCACCUUGCUCAAGUGGUCAGUGAUUACCAACUCAGCAAUAACCGAAGUGUAACACUUGGGACAGAAUGCCUCCUGAUCGAGGGUGUGGUGAAGAAAAUGCAGUCUGCUGGCCAAGUCCUUCCUCAUUACAACUGCCUGAUGCUCUCACCUGCUGACCUGUGGGCAAGGAACCAGUUCUCCUUUCUGCAAGAUCCCCAUGUUCUGCUUACUGUUAAUUCCCUUAUGGCAAGUUAUGAAGGACAGACAAAUGUAGCUGACAUCCUCUUUGGAGUCCCAUCACGAGAGAUAGGAUUCCGACGUGGCAGAAAUCCACAGCGGGUGAUAACCUACGCUGUUACUCUGGCUCUGAAGCAGUACAAUGAAGAGUUUGUGUCUGGCUUGGAGAAGGAACUGACAUCUCGCUAUCCUGUUCACCAACCAAUGCAGCUUGAGAGAGAAGAGAUCAUCCAUAUAUAUUUCCCUUCAAGAAUGUCACUGUGGGAGUUCCUCCUCAUAAUUUUCUACUGCUUUCUUUUUGUGUCAAUAUACUUCUCAAUCUUGAAAAUGGACAUGUUCAAGAGUAAAUUUGGAAUGGCCAUAAGUGUUCAGGCAACCCUGAUUGCAUCUCUGUGCAUUUCUGUGGGAUUUUGUGCAUAUUUUGGCCUACGGCCUCUUCACAGCAAAGGAAAGUAUGUAUAUCCAGUGCUUGCAGGACUUAUCGGUUUUGAAAAUAGUAUGGUGUUAAUCAGAUCUGUGUUAUCGACUCCUUCCCACUUGGACAUCAAGAUUCGUGUUGCUCAGGGUCUAGCCCGUGAAGGAUGGAAUAUUACUAAGUAUUUCCUGACUAUGAUUACUAUUGUAACAGUGUCAUUCUUCCUUUUUAUACCGCUGGUUCAGGAGAUUUGUAUAUAUGGUAGUGUGGUACUCUUGUGUGACCUGUACAUGCAGUUGGUGUUUCUCACCUCAGUGCUCUCUAUUGACCUUCACCGCUAUGAGGACUCAGAGGAACAAAAGAAACAGUCUUUAGCAAGUGGUGGACCUUUCUCAGUGAACCCGCUUUUUAGAUAUCAACAACUUACUCCAAAUUCCAAUGUAAGGAUUCUAGUCAGUAGUAAUGAUCGCAGUGUAACUUCUGUGCCAAACCUACACCGUCGGAAUGCACCCCUAGGAUCUGCUGUGAAAUCAAGUGGCCAGGACCGAGUGGCUCACCCCCAGACCAAACCCAAGAACCAAGACAUAAUGCCCAGACGGCUCAGGGUGACCUACUUUGUGGCCAAGAAGCGGAUGUUUCAGAGGAUGUUUAUGUGUGUGUUUGUAGGAUGGAUAGCAUGGAUGAUCUAUAGCUCUGGCUUGAUGGAACACUUUUCAGAAACAGUGAAUGAUGCGCAGCGGUCACGUGACUUGCCAUCUGUCAUUUUCUCGCUCACAAACCGAUCCAACUAUUUGUUCCAAAAUGGUGUCUCAGUGCCGACUCCAAGAAGCAUAGACCAAACCACAUCUGCAGACUCACCAAAUGUGGUGACACCACCCAGCAUUGCCAUUAACUCUACCACACAGAAGCAGGAUGGACUAAAGCUGCUGAAGCACCGCACACGCUCCCUUCUGCGCAAGCUGCCUCAUAAUCACUGGCCAACUCUCUUCAGUUACUAUAACAUCAGCAUCACCGGCCAUUAUUUAAGCAUACUGCCACCCAUACUGUUGUCUCUUCCAAUCUCACCAGAAGAAGCUAUUAGUGUACACAAUCCUAGUGAUCCAAACACUUCCCCUUGGCUUCCUGAUAAGCUUCACCAUCCAGAUUCUAUGGACAUAGAUGAUAUAGACUGGCAAGAGGGUUCUGCUUUCAUACCAUCAUCAACAGGAGAAUUACUCUUGACAGCUAUAUUGGUGAUACCAGCAGUGCUCUGCCUCUUGUAUGCCUUUGUAGCUCUUUACCAUUGCAUUUGUUCUCGUAACUAUGCUGAGUGGAGGGCUUCUUGGUGGGGCCAGGAUGGGGUAAAGAGUGAGACAUCACAGAUUAUUGGAGAUGCACUGCCAUUGGUAUUGGCCGGUCAUCCUCAUGACGUCGAGUGUAUGUGUACAGAUGGAGUUCUGUUGGUGUCAUCAUGUCUUGCAGGGAUUAUUCGUGUGUGGGAUCCCAGCACAGGCGAGUGUGUAGCCAACAUCAAUAGACGAAGUCAGAAAAGACCAGAGUUUCGCAUGGGGUCUCCAGAUUUAGGUGAUGACUUCCAUUCAGAUUAUGAAUCUGGAUCACCCAGAUCGCAAACUGGGGAUGCAAGCUUCUUCAGGAAGUACGGUAUUGAUCUAGAGAGAAGCAGAUACAGUGUAGGCUGGGUAGAUGAAGAUGAGAGAGAUGACAGUGACUGUGAGAACAUGGAGAGGCCAAACUCAUCUCGAGCCCAGCAUAAGAACAGCUCAUCGGGGAGUAUCUUCCAUGAGUUUCCUGACCUCACACCAGCCAUUGACCUCCACUUUCACAGUCACUUGCCAGAAACACAAAAUAAUGGCACUGAUUUCAGCAGAUUUGAGAAAUUCUAUGAGGAACACAAAAAGAUUUUGCAGGAUGAGGAGGAGUACAGACAGAGACAUGGAAGGAAGACCUCUGACUGUGUAGAGAACUCCCCCUCCAGUAGUUUUUCCAAAAGCAAAAUGAUCAGGUCUCCGUCCUACACAGAAACCUCAGGAGCUUUUAAGCCAAAGAAACACUGUAGAAACUUGAGUGCUGGAAGCAUCCCUGUAGGAAACCUUUCAGGAUACAGUGCCAGUGGAGUGCGGGGAAGUGUUUCAGGAGAGGAGGGGAGUGGGGGUUCUACUAUAGGUGGAACAGAUGAGGAAGUACCCCCUAUUUGGUGCCUUGAGUGUCAGGAUGCUUUAAUAAUUGUUGGCUGUGGUUCAGGGAGAAUAGAGGUGUGGGAUCUCUAUAACAAUGUACUCAAGUGUGUUUAUGAAGAUGGAAUAAGAGCUGGUGUGACCUCCAUGCGUUUGUCGAGCAACCGUUUAAUGGUUGCAAGGCUGACUGGAGCAGUGGACAUGCUGCGUUUAGAAGCAGUUAAUGGGAGCCAGCAGCUGUCAGAUAGCCAUCAGCACAGGCCAGGGCACAGUCGUGGCAGCAGUCGAGACUAUGGAAAUGGCUGGACUUUUGGUUAUGAUGAAGCUCUAGGAUUAGUGCGUUAUGCUGGGAUACGCGCUCACCAGCAGCCCAUCACAGUCAUGACAUGUGAUCGCACAAGACUCAUUACAGGUGCACAUGAUCACACUCUUAAGGUUUUUAGUAUGGAUGACGGUAGUGCUUUGUUCACACUACAUGGACACUGUGGUCCCAUCACCUCGGUAUUUGUGGAUGGCAGUUUAGGUGUGCUGGGGAGUGACGGAGAUGUCACAGUGGAUCUCGGCGUAGGAGCUAUCAUUGGCAGCGGGUCACAAGAUGGAAUGCUGUGCGUGUGGGAAGUUGUAACAGGAGCCUGCGUUUAUAGUGUUCAAGCCCAUGAUGGAAUUAUCACAACUCUAACUUGUACUACAAGUUACAUUUUAUCAUUAGGGGGAGAUGAUAAGCUCUGUGUGUGGGAGAGGUUCCAGGGACAUCUUUUAAAUACUCUACAAAUGACUGAGAUGUAUUGCACUAGCAUGGUUAUGCUUACCAAUAGACUUCUCAUCACCAGUCGACAGGGAUCGCUUACUGUAUGGGACAUCACCUCUGGGGUCCCUGUUCGUGUGGUACGACUGGGAGACCGUGAUGACUCUGUCUUCAUCCGCCACAUGAUGCCUGUUGCUGAUACGAUCGUCUGUGACUAUGGCAAUCAGCUACGAGUGGUGAAGUUACCUGUUGCUGAGAAGAUGGACUAAAAGGGAGCUUAUGAUUUGAAGAAUGGGGUUUAAAAUUAGUCAUCAUUAGAAUUUUUUAAAGAUCCGUAGAUCGUUUUUCCCAGUUGUGGGAGACUACUAGUGAAGGAUUGAGGAGUGUGCUUGUUACCAGUGCUUGUAAAUGACGCUGUUUCUUAUAGUCAUAUCACCUUAUGCAUAAGGAUAGUUGUAAUUAAGAGACUCUCAACACUCAAGGAGACAGAAAUUGAUGAAAAGGGGUAAGAUAUGCCUGUAGAAUUGUGUUUGGUGGACUGAUUAUGACAGGAAAUAGGGCAUGAUUAUGCAGUGCUGUGAUGUUUUAAUAUAAAUAAGUGUAUGCUUGAUCUGUGGAGUAAAGCUUUCGUUUCAUGAUGAUAGACAAAAAAGAAAAAUGAAAAAAAUACAGCUACUCUUGCCAAAGUAUUUUGCCAUCUUUAAUUUUUUUUUCUGUACAAGGGCAUUAGAUAUAUUCACAUUUGUAUCAUAUGUAGAGAAGUAUAACAUUUUUUUGUAUUAUUUGCUUACUGAUGAAUGCUUUAUACUUCUCUUGUACAUUUACAUGCUUUUUAUAUUUGUAAUUGAUAAGAUAAGGAAAAUAGAUCAAAAUGUUUGCAACUUAUUCCUAAGAUUUCAUUUUCUUCUGUAAAAAUGCCUUUAUUUUCCUAGAAAAGCAUUGUGUAUAUUGUCAAAAAAGUAAUAAAUGAAAAAUUGGUUGAGUAUGAUUAAUAACAAAAUAAGGAUACUUCCUGUAAUAACAGAGAAAAAGUUAGCGAAGUUGGAUUAGCCUCCAUAUUUUCCAAAUGCUAUUAAACUACAAACUACAUUCAGAUAAUUUCCUCCUUUUAAAAUACCAAACUGAUAAUGAGAUGGAACAGACAGUGGCCUCAUUCUCAUUUUUCACACUGUCCCACUCGCUCUUGCAAUUACACUUUUGCACUCAUACUCACACAUGUGUUUCAUCACACAAAUGGUCACUUUCAUAUAUACAUGCAUUUCAUACCCAUGUUUUUAAAAAGGAUGAGUUUUAUUUAAGAUUUUGAUGUGUGUAUGAAUGUAAAAGUGUUUGUGGGAAUUAAUUUGUUUACGGUCCCUACUGUCAUUGCUGUAUAUAAACGAUUAUUGUGUAUGCCUCAGUAAACUGAGGAUUUUGAAGCUCCAGUAAUUUCAGAUGUUAAUGCCAUUAUGUAUAUAUUUUGAUUAACCAAUGACAAGACUGUAUGCAUUCUAAAUGUUGAGUCUAAUUUAUUGAUCAUCAAAAUAUUUUUAUGGGGGAUAACAAGCAUUACUGAUAUACUCAGUAUGAAAUUACUGUGAAAAAUAUAAAAAUAGUGAAGAAAUCAUACAUUUAUAUUUUAUUGUAUUCUGUCAAGCAUAAAUGUGUAAGCUAUUUUGAUAUUACAGAGGUUUUUAUAUUCCUUUGCCUUGUGGGGAAGGAAUAGUUAGAAUACAAUGCAAGUUUCUCCUGAUGGCUGUGAACAGAGUUUCUGUGUAAGAUGUUCGUAUUUUUUCAAAACAAAAUUUUUAAAGCACUACUGGAAGGCAGAUGCCAGUCAUAGUUUUUACAAACUGUAUGCAGACCAACUGACUGAUUAUUUAAGGAAGUAAACAAAUGUUAACUGAA